AAUUGCCGACUUGGAUGAUCGAUAAGAUUCAAGAGAUGGGAGGGUCGGAUGUGGCAGUCGUGUUUCAAAGAGAACUAUAUGAUAGCGAUGUUAAAAAAACUAACAAUCGGUUAUCAAUGCCGCUAAGUAAAAUUAAAAACUUCUUGUCAGAAGCGGAGCGAAAAUGGUUGGAUGAAACAACACCAACAAUGGAGGAAAAAAAGAGGAAGAAUAAGAAGAAGAGGAAGAGGAAGCUUCUUAAUAGUCUUGCGGUGAAGAUGAUUGAUACUAAUGGGAAUAUUGUGGAAGAAGAGAUGAAUGUAAGGAAGUGGACGAUGGGACGCAACAACGAGACUGUUAUAUAUAAUCUUGUGACCGGUUGGAAUCAUUUGGUCAAAAGUAAUGAUCUCAAAGAAGGUAUGAAAGUGCAACUCUGGAGUUUUCGUGUCUUGUCUCAGCUUUGGUUCGCUCUAGUUCGUGUUGAGUAA